AUGAUAGAAGCAAAAGAUGAUGUCCGUGCAGAGGUCCUGAUGUAUGACGAGUUCGAAGAAUUUGGCGUUCUUCAGGAUCCUGAAAAGGCUUUGACUGAAGCUAUCUUGAGCAAGGAUACGUGGCAAGAGGCAUGGAACAAGGAACCUACAGAUGCAUAUAUACAAAUGCUACAGAGGCUGGAGUGA